UGAUUUAUCCACACGUACUGAUACAGGAAAAAUUAACCAAUCUCCCGUUUCAGCAAUGGCUUCAUCAGUGAAGGUUUUAAAUUCAUGCACCUCACAACCAAUCAUGAUACCAGUUGCGGACUUUGACGGAGAUGACGUACGUUGUCGAUUUGCCAGUUCCUCGGCAGAAUGCUCUGGUAUUUGCACUGUACCUUCCUACUUUACAUUAUAUGAACCAACAUGUACUUUAACGUACAGUGGAAGCGCCUCUGAUGGUAAUUACGCUAUUGCAAUACAGAUAGAAGAUUUCAUAAACCCAGCCUCAACUUUGCCUCUUAGCAGUGUUCCAUUACAAUUUAUCGUAAACGUGAAUUCAACUGGCUCGUGUUCUAACCAGCCAACUUUUAUAUCCCCAACUCCCGCAGAAGGGUCAACAAUGCAAGUUUAUAAUGGCUCACUGGAGUUAAAAGCACGGGUUAGGCCUUCAAAUGUUAGUGAAUGGAUCACCAAAUUUCAUAUUCUGUCACCACUCAAUCUUGUCAUGUCUGCUAUUUCACAACCAGUGUCUAAUGAGUAUGAAGUAACGAUAUCAUGGACGGCAACUCAUCCCGUAGAUAAGAUUGGAGAGUAUAUCUCGUGUUUCUCAGCGGAAACAAACAAUAGACUUUCGUCCGGUUCAAGAUGUAUUACAGUUAAUUAUACAGGGCAUGGUGUAAGCCUGAUAGGGCAUGGUGGUUACCAGAGAGGGUAUGGUGGUAACCUAAUAGUGUAUGGUGGUAGCCUGAUAGGGUAUGGUGGUAACCUAAUAGGGUGUGGUUGUAGCCUGAUAGGGUAUGGUGGUAACCGGAGAGGUAUGGUGGUCACUUGA